GGUAAGAACAAGGAAAUUACAGGACGUUCUUGGUAUGAGCUCGAGAACAAAGAUUGCCGAUGAACAUGAGCACUCUUUGUUUUGAUUCAAAUUCAAAACUGCGAGGACUUCUCGACCCACGACCUGUCCAGAGAGGUAAACCACCAUAGAAUUCACGAUGGCCGCAACCAACGACAGCGAGAGACCGAAACCAAGUUCACCCCUUACGUCCCCCAAAAAUGACAAAAUCAUUGACAAGAAGGCUGCAAAGCAGGCCCGAAAGAAAGCAAAUAGAAAGAAUAAAAAGGGAGCCGCAGGAACAAAUGACUCACUGACUAUUGAAGUCGCCGCAGUCUCUGAGACGGAACCGACCAUAUCUCCGCGGACUUCACCACGCCUUGCAGCCUUGAGAGAAAAAGAGGAAGCGGCCCAGGAGAUUCUUGUAGCCUUGGAAGAUAAACAGGAAGCGGCCCAGGAGAUCGUUAACGAGUUGGAGCGAAAGAUCAAAGAGCUCGAAGACUUUGCAACAAACCAGAUCUCGUCCAUCAUGCAGAUCGACGAUGUUGCAUUGCGAUCUCCUCAAUUCUCCAUGUUCCCUGAACUACCCAAUCCAUAUCCAAUGGCACGAAAAUUCAAGUCGUCUGAAGAGCGGACAGAGGUCGGACAUCGACUCACCAGGAAGAUCCAUUUGCAAGAUGUAACGGAUCCUAAAAAUCCAAAGAACAUCGGACUCUGGGCAGUUUCCACCUACCUCGCAAAGGAGUAUAUCAUCCCGGGCGAGAUAAUCUUCGCGACGCAUGCUUUUUCCAACAAUGACCUCAAGCUCAAGUUUCCGAAUGAAUGUGUCCGGAUAUUUGCGGACGGUCCAGUGUUCUCAAAGUUUCGACCGAUGGUUGUAUUGUGGCACAACGAGAGCGGUAUGAUGUGUGCACCGAUGUACACACUGAGUACCAAGCACAAGUCAGCUAAGCAGAAGCUCGAUGACCUUUCGCUCGGGCGUCAGAAGGAGUUCAUGAGCAUUACCAAGGUUGGUGGCAAAUGGGAGGGCGAAGAUCUAGCUAACGCCAAUGGCCCCCCGCUACGUUAUGAGCCAGUGUCAGAUACAAAGGAUCUAGAGGAGAAGGCGUUUGUUGAUGUGGCGCGCAUAACUUGGAUCGACAGAUACACGAAUUUCAAGCCAGCACAAGCUUAUUUGACCCGAGCAAGUUACUUAAGAUUGCUGGAUGUUGUGACUUACAAGCAACACAACGACCAGUUGGAAGCUUGUGAAGUUCACGAACUCUAUGGUUGGCCAGAAACCCUCCCUAUGAUACCAUCACGGAAAAGGACAGCCGCACAGAGGGAAAGGUGGCUUCAAACAGGGUUGACCGAAACAGAGAUUGAUGCAGACGCGGAGUAG